AUGUCCCACCUUUUCCUUAGGCGACAGCGGAGGCCCUCUGACGGUGCAGGAGGGAGAUGGACGCCACUACUUGGCCGGCGUGGUCAGCUGGGGCACCGGGUGCGCGCUGCCAGGCAGAUACGGCGUCUACACCGACGUGCCAAACUACCACACGUGGAUCCACAACAUCGCCUCCACCGGCAGAUUCUGCGGCCUCUAACAGGUGCUCUUCUGCGCUGGGAUGACGUCAGCGGCGGUUCUGCCGACGGCUUCGUCUCCGCGUUCGAUUCCUCGCCCAUGACGUCACGAUUGCGGGGAUUUAGAGCUUCAUGAAUCAAGGAAGAAUUCCUUUGUAAACCAUUUCUUGUCGAGAAGAAAUAAAUCAGUAUACUAA